UUCAUUUCUCCACACAACUAUCUCUUCAAUCCUCAAAAAAAAAAAAUGGCUACUCAUCAAAGAGUAAUCCUCUUUCUUUUCACCUUAACCAUCAUAACCAAAACCGUGUUUUCACAACACUGCAGUACAACCGGUUGUGCGGGCAACCUAUGCUGCAGUAGAUAUGGAUAUUGUGGCACCACAUCUGCCUACUGCGGCACCGGGUGCAGAAGUGGACCUUGCAGCUCAGGACCCACACCUGUCUCACCAACUCCUACCGGCGGCACAGGCGGUCUAAACGCUGAGCCUCGUGAUACCAUUGCAAACGUUGUCACACAAUCGUUUUUCGAUGGUAUCAUGAGCAAAGUAGGAAACGGCUGUCCAGCAAAAGGGUUCUACACUCGUCAGGCUUUCAUUGAUGCAGCUCAAUCUUUCCCAGCCUAUCAGGGAGCCGUCUCUAAGCGUGAGAUUGCGGCCAUGUUGGCUCAGUUCUCACACGAAUCUGGAAGUUUUUGUUACAAAGAAGAAAUAGCGAGAGGAAGGUACUGCCAAGCUAGCACAGUAUACCCUUGUCAACCGGGGAAGGACUACUACGGUCGCGGUCCGAUCCAAAUCACAUGGAACUACAACUACGGCGCAGCAGGAAAGUUCCUUGGACUCCCUCUCUUGACUGAUCCAGAUAUGGUGGCUCGUAGCCCUGAAGUUGCCUUUAAGUGUGCCAUGUGGUUCUGGAACCAAAAUGUUCGUCCGGUCCUGGACCAAGGCUUUGGAGCUACCACAAGGAAGAUCAACGGUGGGGAAUGCAACGGUCGGCGUCCUGCAGCGGUGCAAAGCAGAGUUGAUCGCUACUUGGAGUUCUGUAGGACGUUUGGGAUCACUCCUGGAACUAGUCUUAGUUGCUAAAGAUGUUAAAUGUGGUUUAAAGGCCCGUUUCAUGGUAUGUGUUUGUCUUAAUUACCCUUGUGAGCUAAUAAGAAGGUGUUGAAUAAUUGAUCAUGAGUUGUAUCCUAGUUAACGUAUCCAUGUGUUGUUUGUAUUAGUUAUCAUAAUAAGAUGAAGUAUAUCAGCCAA